GGAGGAAGGGGGGGCAGUCUUGACCCGCCCCCUUUUCAUUCCCAUGGAUCCUAUUACGGGAGACUCCGGCUCGGAGACAUCUGCUGCGCUCCAACAACAGAGCGCGUCCCUCUCGGUGCCGUGGACCCCAACUCCUCCUCCUCCUCCUCCUCCUGGUCCUCUGUCUAACUCCGCACUUGUUUUUGACCCGGCGCGGUGACCAUGCGGAUCCGCUCUGUCCUCCAGGUUUCCCGGCGGUAGCUGUCCGAGAGGCGUCGUCCCGGAGCCAAAGAGCGGCGCGUUUCUUUUUUGUGCGUCCGCCGUCCGCGCUGCUGACUGCGGCUUCACCUUCCGCACUUGUGGGGUCACCUCAAUCACCCCCAUGACUGAUUGAGUCGGACCUUUUUUCAUUUCGCUUUCGACUGUUUUGCUGUUGUUUUUGGAAGCAUGGAGUCUGUGGAGAAGGAGUGCGGAGCGCUGGGUGGAUUAUUCCAGGCCAUCGUCAACGACAUGAAGAGCUCGUAUCCUGUGUGGGAAGACUUCAGUGCCAAGGCCACGAAGCUGCACUCUCAGCUCAGGACCACCAUACUGGCAGCUGUGGCAUUUUUAGAUGCCUUUCAAAAGGUGGCAGACCUGGCAACCAACUCAAGAGGUGCCACCAGGGACAUCGGCUCGGCGCUGACACGGAUGUGCAUGAGGCACCGCAGCAUCGAGACCAAAUUACGCCACUUUACCAACGUUCUCAUGGAAGGACUGGUGACACCGCUUCAAGACAAAAUAGAGGAGUGGAAGAAGACAGCUAAUCAGCUGGAUAAAGACCACGCCAAAGAAUACAAGCGAUCUCGCCAGGAAAUCAAAAGAAAAUCAUUAGACACCAUUAAACUUCAGAAAAAAGCCAGAAAAGGUCGGGGAAACCUGCGCCCCCAGCUGGACAGUGCCAUGCAGGACGUCAGCGACUUGUACUUGCUGAUGGAGGAGACGGAGAAGCAGGCAGUACGCAGGGCACUUCUGGAGGAGAGAGGGCGCUAUUGCUCCUUUAUCACCUUGCUGCAGCCGGUGGUGAAUGUAGAGAUUGCCAUGCUGGGGGAGAUCACACACUUGCAGGCCAUUGUUGAUGACCUCACCGUGUUGACAGAAGAUCCUCACAAGCUGCCGCCUGCCAGUGAGCAGGUGAUCCGAGACCUGAAAGGCUCCGACUUCAGCUGGUCCUACCAGACGCCUCCCUCAUCGCCGAGCAGCGCCAGCUCCAGGAAGAGCAGCAUGUGCAGUCUUCUGCAGAUGCCCUCUGCUGGCGCGCACCGACUCAGCAGUGUCUCCUCCCACGACUCAGGUUUCGUCUCCCAGGAUGCCAACACUCACUCCAAGCCUCCAUCACCGAUGCCCUCGGACAUCACCAGCCAGAAAUCGAGCAGCUCGGCCUCAUCUGAGGCUUCAGAAACGUGCCAGUCUCUCAGCGAGUGCAACUCUCCCACAGCGUUUGGCUCAUGCUCAUCCUUCGGCACCUUCCGCCCUGCUUUCUCUCACUCUGGCAACAUCAGGCCUCUCUCUGUCAUACUUCCCGCGUCCCCCACAUUUAACCACUCCCCUGGAUCCAACACCCCCUCACCCACAUCAAAGGGUCCCAAUUGGAAGGACUGGGCCAAAACAAGCCCCUGCGAUCCGUCCUUGGCCGGCACGCUGCAGCGGAGGAGGGAGUCUCUGGACAAGAUGAGAGAGCUGGAGCCGCCACCCAGUCCUCAGGGAUAUUCAGGAAUGCAACCCGAUGGCACUCACAGAGCCAGAUUUGGGCCGGGGACGCUGGUCGCCAAGCAUGGCGAGCCGCUCUCUCCAGCAGCCAGCACUCUCGCUAUGGUUCUGACCCGAGGCUUGAGCAUGGAGCAGCAGAAGAGCAGCAGAGACUCUCUGCAGUACUCCAGUGGCUACAGCACGCAGACCAACACCCCAUCCUGCUCCGAGGACACUAUCCCCUCACAAGGUUCUGAUUAUGAGUGCUACUCUCUCAACGGAGACACUGACAGCGACCCUCAUGCAGAUUUCGAUAAGUCCUCUACCAUCCCGCGCCACAGUAACAUCGCUCAGAGCUAUAGGCGGAUGAUCCAGACCAAGAGGCCAGCCAGCACGGCUGGCCUGCCAGCAGGGAAGGCUCACCCGGGAACUACAAACGGUUCUGGAGGCAGCAGCCCUGGACCCAUCACUUCAGGGACCGCCACCAUUCGCAGGACGCCAUCCUCCAAAACAGGCGUCAGGAGGACACCUUCAACAUCUGGCCCUAUCCCUAUCCGCCCUCCUAUUGUUCCAGUGAAGACCCCAACGGUGCCUGAUUCUCCAGGAUACGGAAGCCCUUCACAGUAUAGACUGGGGAGCGAGGAGUUUCUCUACGGCGAUGACCCUUCUGCUAAUGACUACGUGGUGGCUUCUCCUAAGAGAAAGAGCCUCCCCGAGACAACGUGGGGAGGAAAUGGAGGUGGUGUCUACACCCAGCAGGACCCUCAUCACGGUGCUGAAGAGGACCCGCUGCUGGCUGCUAACCGCCACAGUUUGGUGGAGAAGAUAGGGGAGUUGGCCGCCAGCGCUCACGCUCUGGGUGAAGGUCAGUUCCCCUUUCCAAGCUCAGAUCCGCAGGAUCAAUGUGGGCUGUCUUCGGCCACCCACGAGGGAGUAGAUAUGCUGGUGUCGAUACGCCGGGGGGUGAAGCUUCGCCCAACAGUGACUGAUGACAGGUCCGGCCCCCGGAUCCUGCGGUAGCUUUUGAAGCAGCAGCAUUUUUUUUUAAACAUACAAACUGAAGAUUUGUAGUGAAAUGAAAAAGCACUCGUGUGAUACAUGGAGUAAGGCACAAGCAGGAUGUGAAUGAAGGCCAGUCAUCAACGUAGGGAGUGAUUGUGGACGCGUCAUGUAUGUACAAAGUAUUCAUAUUUUAUUUCUGUUCAAAUCUUUUUGUUUGUUUUUUUCUGUUUGUGAGCUAUGUGGCACCCCCUCUUCCUGUUGCCCCCCACAGUGAACAAACCUUCUCUAUAGGGAUCCGACGCUGUCAUUGCUCUUAUCAUAAUUAAUAUUAUUGUUAUAAUAUUGUGUAAUACUGAAUUAAGUGGAAGUGAUGGGUGGAGUGCUCUGUCUGCUUCUGUAUGCUGGGUUUCUCAUCAUUAUUGUACAUGUUACCGUGUUACUGUUUCGUUUGAUAAGCACCUGGGAAAGUCAUGUACCAUAGGAGCAACAUGGCUGUAAUGUGCCCUCACUAUAUUCUGCAAUUAAACAAACUUUUGACUGUAAUAGCUCUGAAGUUGUUUCCAAAAAAAUUGAAUAUUGUGCUGCAUAUGUUUAGAAUAGCUGAGUGAGUGUCAGUUUGUUUAACCUUUCUGACAUAAUACUCUAUAUAUUUCUCACACAGUGAGGCCGAGGUAGCUUUAUUUACCUCUGAAUUGAACUGUUUUCUAC